AAUCCUUCCUGCAACCAUCUCCGUACGAUAACACAAGGGAGAUCAUCCCGUUAUUUAUUACACUAUGUCAGACGAAGAUGGAGAUCUCGACAAGAUGGCUGGUCCAUCUUCAGCACCGGCGGUAGAAGCUUUGAGCGCUGGACGAUCUCGACGUGCAACUGCUGGAAAUCGGAUGCGAGAAUUGUUAGAGCAAGAACGUGAACGGAUAGCAGCAGAAGGUGAAGAUCCAUCUCUUUCAACAUCACGAAAAGGUGUUGAUGAAGAUAACAGCUCAAAGAAGAAAAAGAAGAAAUCCGGUAAAUCAGGAGAAGAAGAUGAAGAUGCAAUCUUUCAAAACGAAGACGAUGAUGUUGAUUUUCAGGAACUUGAAGGUGGAGAAGACAUUAUUGAUUCCGAUUUCGAUCUGAGCAGUGAUCAAGGUGAAGAUGAUGAAGAAGCAGGUGAACGAGCACUUGAAGCGGAAGAAAGAGCAGCAAGGAGAGCAUCCAAGGCCAAAUCUAAGGCCAAAUCUAAGGCCAUACCGACGCAAGUCAAACGUACCGCCCUUCCGCCAAAGAGUGCAUUGGCAAACGAUGGAGACGAGGCAGAAGGCUCAGCACGGCCAGCGAAACAGAAGAAACGCAUUUCUUUUGCUCCAACAGUGAAUGGCGAAGACUCAGCUGAUAAGCGAAAUCAACGAUCCAGUAAACGUAAAUCUGCCAUUGAAUUCUCCGAAUCAGUACAAGCUCGACUAAAGGAAGAUGAAGAACGUAGAGCACGUCAAAUGGAACAUGCACAGCCCAAACGUAAAAAAGUACGAUUAUCGCAAGCGGAUUUGAUUGCAGAAGCAUUAGAGAUGGAAGAACAAAAUCGUCAAAGUUUAAAGGUAUUUCUGCAAGGCGAAGAAGAUCGACGUGAACGUGAAAGAAAGCGUGGAAAGAAAAAGAUGGAAGGUCCUUUCAUGCGUUGGCGCAGCGUGACUAUUCAGUACGGAGAUGAAGCCAAUGUAAAACAUCGACCUCAUUCAAGGAUUGAAGUGAUUGAUGCAAAUUCGGCAGCGAACGUUACGCAAGAUCCAGUCUUUGCAGCUAGACAGGCUGCCAUCAAAGAAAGGGAAGCCCGUCUUGCAGCAGAAGGACGUGAACGUAGUACUUCAGGGCCGGUCGCAGAAAACAAAGAUGUCGAUAAUGCACAAGGACAGGAGGCCGAGCCUGUCUCACUUGGUGAAAAGGCAGAUACAGCCGAUGCGCAAGACACGAUGGAUGUAGAUUCAACGAAUCGGGUUGAGGCAAGUGAAAUAUCACUCCAAAUUGGUCAGGAAGAGUCCUCCACGCAAAGUACUGCUGGAGAAGGGGCAAAAGAGACAGAGACUACUAAUGAUACGUCCGCUCCAAGCACCAGUGCCGUCGCAGAUUCAGAAGCAGUCGCUUUGCCUUUAGAUAAGAAGGAUGCUACUUCUCAAGAGAACAAAGAGACGACAGGAGCAGACUCUGAACAAGUUGACGGUAAGGGCGAAGAAGCAGAAGUGGUUGUACUCAAGACGGAGAAAGAGGCAAGAGCUUUCCUUUCUUUGCAUGAGCUACCCUCAUCCACGCAUUGGACUACGAUGUUUUCCUACAUCUUGGGAGAUCAUGUGGAUUGGUCACGAUAUCCUUACGUCAAUCCACGUAACCGUCCUCUUCGACCGCGAAUCAGUGUUUGUCCUAUCACGGGCCUCCCAGCAAAGUAUCGUGAUCCACGUUCAGGAAUUCCAUUUGCGAAUCGUGAAGCGUAUGCAAACUUGACAGCUAUCAUCAAAGGCGAAUUUAGAUGGAGUGGAAGCGGAACCAACACGGGUAAUGCAGUGGAUGAUGUCAGUACCUCCAAAAGUCUAUCAAAGAAGGCUGAUCAACCGAAAAAGCUUCCACGUUAUGAUCCGAUGGAGAUGGGAUGUUUCUUGGAUAGAAUUUCUGAGCCUGGUGCAAACAAUGUUCGAUUAAGAGCAGAAGAAAGGUUGACAACCGUCAAUGUGAUAAAGACGAUUGGCGCGACAGCUUCAUCGUCUGGGUAUGUUCCCGUCAAUACAUUAGCACCUGGUGAUGAACAAGCUCUAAUGGAAGCUGCAUUGGCUUUGCCAGCAGGAACUACACGAUCAGGAGGAAGACGAUCAGCUGCCAAGUAGUGGUAUCAUAUAACAUAUUUAUAUUGCUUUUGUUAUUGUACAGUAUUAUUGUAAAAAUAGGGUAUAGAAAGAGC